AUGUGCGGUGCCACCCAAUGCUACCACUACUACAUCAAUCUUCCGCAGUUCAUACCAUUCGCCACCAGACUACUCGAUCGUGUCUCCCGUGGUGCUGGUCGGCAUGCCUGGGAUGACAAAGCCGUGGACGGACAGCGACGCCAGGUACACGGACUUUUGGCGGCAACAUGCAGAACCUGGUGUGGUCCGGACUCGCGCAACCCGUAUGUCAUGGGGCAGACUGGGGACUUGCGUAAUACCGGGUAUCCUGUGGCAACAAGAGCGCCGGGGUGUUUGCCUAGUCAGACAGAUAUCGACACUGAUCAUUCUGAUAUUAUCAGCACGAUCGAAAAGUCGACUUUUAGUGUACUGGACAUGCUGGCCGUGGCGCUGUGUGUGCCAAUAGCGAUCAUGGUCGCUGUUGGCAUUUCUGUUACGGCGUACUUUAAAAUUAGGAAGCGCAGGCUGGCUGAAGAGGAACACAGGUGUUUGAGUAGAGGAACUUGGGAGGACUCGUACAGCACCAUUGCGCAGGCCAGCGUCGGUCUAUCACAAAUCAGCAUAUCGCAACACACUUCCAACAGGCCAGCCCCCAGUGAAUCAAUAGUGACACAAGGAGUUGCAGUAGCUGUGUAG